AUGCUCCUCCACGUUUCUUACAGACAUAUCGGCGCAUUCACUUUACUGGAUACGAGACCAAGAACUGACAUCAACCACCAGGCGCAAACCCCAGAACAACGCAAACGCAAUGCCAAAUUUGCCAAAGAGCAGUCGGCCAAGCGGGGAAAGCCGGCGAGUGAGAUCAAGAAGAAGCAGGAUUUCAAGAGCCCGAUUUCGCCCUUUUGGUUGGGUGAGUUUGUCUCCAGUGUCACGGCAGAGGGUUAUGGUUGGGGAGGUUUAUUGAAGAUUGGUGGAUUUAUUCUUGGAUUUGUCGUCUUCGGUGGAUUGAUCUUCGAACUGUUGAGCAGAAUCUUCUUUCGGUGA